AUGCCCGUGCCCCUUGCCGUCGCGGCACCAGCCGCCAUCGCCGCCGGCGCCUACCUCAACGCCAAGUCCGGGCUGUGGUACGACCUGACCAUGCAAAAGAUUGGCCUCGUCAGCAUGUGGCGGCUCAUGCGCGGCGUGCGCAACGACCGCCUCUCGCUCUUCUACACCCUCGAGGACUGGGCGCGCAGCAAGAGCCACGCCGACCGCGACGUGCUGCUGUUCGAGGACCGCCGCUACACGUACGCCCAGUUUUACGACGCCGUCCUCCGCCACGGCGCCUACCUGCGCGCGCAUCACGGCAUCAAGCCCGGCGCCAUUGUCGCCCUCGACUACCAAAACUCGGACACGUUUUUGUUCCUGUGGUGGGGGCUCUGGGCCAUUGGCGCCAAGCCCGCCUUCAUCAACUAUAACCUGACGGGCAAGUCGCUCGCGCACUGCAUCGAGGCCGCCACGGCGCGCCAGUGCAUCCUGGACCCCGCCAUCGCGCACAACGUCACUGAUGAGGUGCGCGCGAGCCUCGGGGCGGGCGUCGAGUUUAUCGUCUGGACGCCCGACGUCGCCGCGGCGGCCGCCAGCAUCACCCCGAUCCGCUUCCCCGACAGCGACCGCACAGAGGAGGAAUUCUCCAACAUGGCCGUCCUCAUCUACACGUCCGGCACCACAGGCCUGCCCAAGGCCGCCAUCGUCUCGUGGGCCAAGUGCAUCGCCGGCGGCACCAUGGGCUCCAUGCUGCUCGGCCGCGGCCGCGGCGACAUCAUGUACACGUCGAUGCCGCUGUACCACAGCUCCGCCGCCCUGCUCUCCUUUUGCGCCACCGUCGUCUCGGGCAGCACGCAGGCCCUCGGCCGCAAAUUCUCCACAAAGUCCUUCUGGCAGGACGUCCGCAAGCACAACGCCACCGGCAUCCAGUACGUCGGCGAGACGCUGCGCUACCUGCUCGCCGCGCCGCCGCAGCGCGACCCCGUCACCGGUGAGGACCUCGACAAGCAGCACAAGGUCACCGUCGCCGUCGGCAACGGCCUGCGUCCGGACAUUUGGAACAAGUUCAAAGAGCGCUUCGGUAUCCCCACCAUUGCCGAGUUUUACGCCUCGACCGAGGGUGCCGGCUCGGCGUGGAACCUCAGCAGCAACGACCUCUUUGCCGGCGCCGUCGGCCGCAUGGGCUGGCUGCGCCGCUUCCUCCUCCGCAACGACAUGGCCUUUCUCGCCUACGACCACGAAGCCGACGCGCCCUACCGCGACCCGACCACCGGCUUCUGCCGCCGCGUGGAAGCCGGCUCUCCUGGCGAGCUCAUCCACCGUGUCGACCCGGCCGACCUCAAGCGCCUCUUCCAGGGCUACUUCAACAACGCAAAAGCCAGCGAGUCCAAGAUUCUGCGCAACGUCUUUGCCCGCGGCGACGCCUGGUACCGCACCGGCGACAUCAUGAGCCUCGACGCCGAGGGCCGCUACGCCUUCAACGACCGCAUCGGCGACACCUUUCGCUGGAAGUCGGAAAACGUGUCUACAAACGAGGUCGCCCACGCCGUCGGCACCUACCCGGCCGUCCGCGAGGCCAACGUCUACGGCGUCGAGCUGCCCCAUCACGACGGCCGCGCCGGCUGCGUCGCCGUCAACUUUACCACCGACCCGCCGCCCUCGGCCGAGACGCUGCGCGGUCUGGCCGCGCACGUGCGCGCGAGCCUGCCGCGCUACGCCGUGCCGCUGUUUCUGCGCGUCGUCAAGGACAUUGCCGGCGCGCAGACCACCACCGGCACCAACAAGCAGCAAAAGGCGGUGCUGCGCAACGCAGGCGUCAAGCCCGACGCCCUCAACGACGGCGCUACCUUGUACUGGCUCCGGGGGGAUACGUAUGUGCCGUUUGGGCAAAAGGAGUGGCAGGAUCUGCAAGGGGGCCGCGUCAAGCUAUAG